UUCAUGUAACGUGCACAUCCCUAGUUCAGUUCCUUCAGAAAAUUUAUUUACUUAAAUUACAUUUACAGCAUGUUGCAGCGCCUGUGGCGUGGAACUCCUUCCUUGGGACGGUGUGGUAGACAAUUGGCCUCUACCCUGCCCACAAAUCAGGAGCAACCGGGCGAGGAGGUAGAGGUCAGUGCAACGGUGAAGAGGAUUCGCGCGGAAUUGGCUGCUGACAAGCAAAAGCUAAAGUGGCGGACUCCCAUUGGCGAUCGGCCGGAGGAUUGGAACAGCAAAUUAAAACUUUUCUCCAACUCGGAGCAAACAUCCGACUUCAUUGUGAUGAUGCAGCAGCCCCUCGACUUGAGUCCAAGGAACAUGCGCCAGUGGUGGGACAACCGGCAGGAGCGAAUCGAAAGGCACAUGCAGCAGUUUAUCCCGGAGCGACACAAGAUUCUGGGUGCCGACUUGGCUGCUGCACAUUUCAUCCUGUAUCGCGGUGGUGCCGCCAAGUUCCUUACCGAUUCCCGCUGGCACAGAGCCACGGAGGAUGGGGAAUUCAACCUGCCCAAUAAAUUUGAUCCUGCCUACAAAGUGGAAGCAUUGAGGUGCGAUAAUAUGGUUCUCUACUACGAGGGAUUGGAAAAUCUGCGUUGCCUGGAUUCGCUCAAGUUCUUGUCCUUUCACAACGUCAAAACUAUUGAUGAUUGGUGUCUAGACAGGAUUUCGGGCGGUGGCUUCCCGCACCUGGAAGUGCUCGACCUUUCGGGCACCCAAAUUACCACCAAUGGACUAGCCUGCCUAUAUCGUCUGCCGCAGCUUAAAUUGCUUAUCCUGGAUGAUCCCAAGGGAACCCUGGAGUGGGAAUUGGCCACGGCUAUGCUGGAAGAGUCUAUGCCGGCCCUUAAAGUUGUGGGAGCCGAUGUUGUACACGGCUAAGGCAAAAUUGGUUAUGUGCAAUUAGAAGAUUUAUAGGCGUUUUUAAAUUAAAUGAAAAUUGAAUUGUUACAACCUCAA